CGCAGAAAAGAUAAACAAACAAUAUGGCCGCGUACAAGGCAAGAUUGAAAGCUUUCGAAGACAACUUAAACAACGAGAAAAUUGACUUAAAAAUUUUGAGGAAGUUGUGUUUCAAUGGUUGUCCUUAUGAACAUGGAUACAGAUCAACAUGUUGGAAAUUUGUUUAUAUUAUAGGGGAUAUUUCAAUAUGCAUCAACUUUGCAGGUUAUAUUUUGCUGAACUAUUUACCACUAGAUGUCUCACAAUGGAAAGAAAUUCUUCAAAAACAAAGGAAACUAUACACCCACUUUGUAGACGAGAUGAUCGUGGAGCCCGGAACAAAGGCCUCAGCAGGUUCUCAAGUGGAUGACCAUCCACUAAACCCAAACCCAGACAGUAAUUGGGGAGCUUUCUUCAAAGACAAUGAUAUGUUACUACAGAUCGAUAAGGACUGUCGUCGGUUAUGUCCGGAUCUGUUUUUCUUCCAAAAAGCCACGGAGUACCCUUGUAAAGAAAUCAUUCAUGCUGACUCUCGGGUGGAGACGCUGAGGAAGAGAGUAGAGCACUGUGUUCUACAGUCAGAGAGUCUGCAGGUGGACAGGUUCGGCAAGUCCAACAUGAGAGCGACGAGGCGGAAGGCUAGCGAGGAGUACAUGCUACUUCCCGACGGUCAGGAGGCCCACUGGGAAGUGGUCGAGAGGAUACUGUUUAUAUACGCCAAGCUUAACCCUGGGCAGGGAUACGUUCAGGGUAUGAAUGAAAUUUUAGGACCGAUCUAUUACACGUUUGCCUCGGAUCCACGGAGCGAAUGCAAAGAAUUUGCAGAAGCAGAUUCCUUUUUCUGCUUUACCAAUCUGAUGGCAGAGAUUCGAGAUAUUUUCAUUAAGACGCUAGAUUUUGAUGUGGAAUGUGGCAUAGGGAGUAUGAUGACUAAGUUUUCCGAUAAAUUGAAGGACAAAGACGAAUUUUUGUAUAACAGAAUACAGGAACUAGAUCUCAAACCACAGUUCUAUGCAUUCCGAUGGCUGACGCUUUUGUUGUCUCAGGAAUUUCCUUUACCAGAUGUACUGCGAAUAUGGGAUUCACUAUUUGCGGACGAAAACAGAUUCAAUUUUCUUAUUUGUAUAUGCUGUGCCAUGCUUAUGGUUGUCAGGGAUGAAAUACUCAACGAAGAUUUCCCUACUGUAAUGAAACUAGUACAGAACUUCCAAACGUCCAAGAUUGACCUUCAUCUAAUACUCUCCAAAGCAGUGGACAUUAGAUAACAUUUAUUGACAGCUGAAACUUAAAUGUGCAAUACAAUCAACUAGAUAUUUGCUCCAAAGCACGAUAAAGGUACAGGAAUUUUCUAUGAAGUAUGCCCGUUUUCUCUGGACUUGACGAGAACUGCAUGGGAAUUUUAUAGAAGAGUCUUUAUUCUGAACAGCACACUAUAUAUUCCAUAUGUAUUUUUUAUAAGAUCAUUGCCAGAUUGUUUCGUUUAUAAUUUGUUGUUUAUUAAUAAUAAAGCAAUAUAUAUUUCUGUA